AUGGAGAACCCCUACGAGGAACAGCAACAGGGUAUGUAUCACCUCGCCUUUGCCCCACCUCUCAUCCCCCCAUGUUGACCAUCUCCUCCCUCAUCAAUACCCCACCAGCCACGAUCGCGCGCAUCCUGUCGACCGUCGCAAAGUUGAACGAGUCCAUGAUCCAUCUCAAUUCCGCCAUUUCGGCGAGUCGACCUAUCCUCCGCCUCUUAUCCCAUCCAAUUGCGCUGACCGUGAUCCACCUUCCCACCGCAGGAAACCAACACGUACAACGUCAAAGUGACGGAGACGGUCGAGCUGUGGACGUCGUUGCAGAGGGGGACUCGCCAUAACCUCGAGAGUACGGGCGAGUUGCACGAGCCUGAGUAA